GACACCACUGAUAUUUUUUUUCACACUCAUUAUUAUUAUCAAUAACUACGACAGAAGGAUGGAAGAGACCUCGGUGAAAUGCGUCCUGGUCGGGGACUGUGCGGUGGGUAAAACAGCACUUCUUGUACGAUUCACGUCUGAAACGUUCCCAGACAGCUACAGACCUACGGUCUAUGAAAACACUGGCGUUGAUGUAUUCAUGGAUGGAGUCCAGAUCAGCUUGGGAUUGUGGGAUACAGCAGGCCAUGAGACAUUCCGACAAAUCCGGCCCAUGUCCUAUCAGCAGGCCGAUGUGGUUUUGCUCUGCUAUUCUGUGGCAAAUGCGAAUUCGUUAAAUAAUUUGCGGCACAAGUGGAUCGCUGAAGUGAGGGAACAUCUCCCGAAGGUUCCUGUGCUGGUUGUUGCCACACAGACAGACCAUCGUGAGAUAGGCCCAUAUCGUGUCAACUGCACCGCGGCCUCGGAGGGCAAACAGGUGGCACAGGAGAUCCGUGCCAAGGGAUACCUGGAAUGCUCGGCUCUCAGCAAUCGUGGCGUGCAACAGGUUUUUGAGUGUGCCGUUCGGACGGCUGUUAAUCGUGCACGAAGACGGACACGGUGGAGACUGAUGGACCUUAACCCCUGUAAAGUCUCCUGAUGCUUUUAAGAGAGCGAUGUCGCUUGCUUCUCAUGCAUCACUAAGACACAAUAGUUUCUCACACACAACACCAACUAUUUCUUAACUUCUUAACACUGAUAUCUUGAUAAUGUUUACUAAAAAGACUGAUUGAUUGAUUUUGAGUCCUCUAGAAAGGCUCUGAAAUCUGACUAUACAUUAGACACAUUACAGAUAUUUAUUAAUUA